AUGCGCUGGCUGUUGCUUGUCGCGGCGGUCGUCGGUCUUUUCCCCACUGUUUACGGCACGACAUGUUCGUCUUCGAGUACGUGCAACCUGAACGUCAAGUGCUCGCUGCCAUUGGCGCAGCUCAGCGUCGGUGACGCAACCACGUGCCAACAAGCCAGCACCAUUGUGCCUUGCUCGUCCUGCGCGGGCGUGGGCCAGCAGUGCUACAACGCCCCCGAGUGCAGAGAUUCGCUCUUUUACUGCGAGUUUUUGUCGGCAGCCCAAGUGGCCGCGCUUCCAGCGGGUCACCCCUGUCUGUCGACCGCGUGCCAACUGAGCAAGCAGAGUCCUGCGUGCAUCGCUUCCACGUUCCAAGCGUGCUGCGUGCCAGGCACACCGGGCUGCAACCAAACCGUGGCGCCUGCGGCUGGUUCCGGCUGCACGCCGAGCGGGUGCAGCUACUUUAUGGGGCAGCCGACGAUCACCCCCAACUACUCGGCGAUCGCGUGUCCGUUUGCGAACGCGUCGGCCACGUGCAUGACGCCGCAGUGCAACGCGUCGUCCAUCUUUCGCAAUAUUGUCAAUGUGUUCGCAGCCAACAUUGGUUGCUCGGGCAGCGCUUGCAUCCCUCCGCUCAUUCCUGGCGUGUGCACGGCUGGCGUCAACCUCACGGCAUCGACGACCCCGUCGUUUCCAGGCUGCACCAACUACUUGGUGGACUACUGCACCAAGAACCCAUCGGAUGUCGGCUGCCACCAAGUGUGUCCGUACAACUGCAACCUCCAGACCAACUGUCCGUGCAAGUCGAGUGCGUGCGCGGCCGUCAACCAAGCGCCGCUCUGCGUCCGCAACGCAGGCGUCUGCGCCAACUUUCGCAAGCUCUUUGUCAAUGCCAUGUUUACGCAGCGCCACUUCCAGCCCGCGUCCGACCAUUUGGCGUACGCCAAACCGCGCGGGACCGCCGACGACGCCGCGCUCGCCGACUGCAACGCACUCAUCCCGGAACUCGGCGACAACCUUGCGUCUUGCGUCACAACGUCGUUUGCCUACUGCAACGCCAACCCGUGGGACCCGGCAUGCAAGAGCGACCUGAGCGUCUGCGGCGACGGCAUCGUGUCGUGGCUCGAAACGUGCGACGAAGGACCGAACGUGACGGCGACCGGCGGCUGCACCGCGUGCAAGACGGCGCUCAACUGGGAGUGCUACGCGCAAGGCACGCCGUGCAAGCGCUGCCUCCACCAGACCGGCUACGUCCUCGACAUGCCCAACCCGGGCGUGUGUCCCUUCUGCGCCAACCUCCAGACCGGCAAUCCGUGGCCCUGCGCCACGACAUCGCCGUGUGCCGUCACGACGACGCUGCCGCAGAAGAUUGCGUGCGACAACUAUGUGCAAAAGUACUGCACCGGCAUUCAAAGCAACGCGAGUCUCCGGGACCCGGGCUGCGACACGUACGUGAAUUUGACCAAGCCGUUUACGGUGCCGUCAAUCCCGCAAGCCUGCGACGUGGCCAUCAAGACGAUCACGAUCAACGACCCGCAACUGUACGCGCUCAAGGCACUCUUCAACUGCGCGUACGGCACGGCGCUCAACAGCCAAGUGGCGCCAACGACGCCCUUGUAUGCGUUCACCAACCCACUCGACUCCAUGUCGCUCUCGACGCGCAGCGCUCUCUCGACCGCCGCCUUUCAAGCCAUCGUCGACGUCUACGGCAACAAGACGUCCAAGCUGUACUCGCUACAAAACUUGACGUUGAGUGACUUUAGCCCGUACGUCAACAGCAGCAUUGUCGUGAAUGGACUCCCGCUCUCGUUUCCAUCGACGAUCGCGCAGCUGACGCUCUUUCCCGGCGCGCCUAACACCCCGUCGCCGCAGUGCGGAGCCUUGCCCUUUGACACGCCACUCAUGAUAUUGCCGCCGAGCCAGCACCCGUUGCGCUGGGCGCUCAAGGCCUACUUAACCCAGCUGCAGUACCGCGCCAUCAACGGCAACGACGCGUCCUUGUCCAACUUUGCGCAGCUCGCUCUCGAGAGCUUGACGACCGACACGACACCGCAGCCCGGCGUGUUUCAGGCGGCCGUGCUCUUGAGCCAGUCGACGCAAAACGCAUCCGGUGCGAUCCUCGAAAAGAAAAUGCAGACUUGCGCGACGGUGGCCGGCAACCAAGUGUGUUUGGACAUUCAGGCCGCGAUCGAUGGCCGCCGCGCGCAAUUGCACUUUGGCAAGCUUCUCUUUGACGCGUCGUGCACUGACACGAGCUGCGCGUACGCAGUGGACGCCUGCCGCAUGAGUGCAGUGCUGGCGACGGCCAACGACAUAGUACAGCACAUUGGCGGCCUCGACGACGCCAACUCGAAAGCCGAGACGCUCCAGCGGUUCCUCCAGAUCGCCGUCGCCGCCGCCCACGACGCGUACAGCGACACGAGCAUGUUCUUCGACCAGAUCUCCAUCACGGGCCCCGAGCCCGUCGUGCGUCAGAACGUUCCCAACUACUGUGCGACGCCCCAGUAUUCGAACGCUGCGCUCUUGGUUCUGAACCCCGCGUGGGUCUCGGACCCGUGCUGCAACCCAGCGCUGGCCCUCACCACGUGUUGCGCGCCGCAAAACGUGCCGAGCGGGUCCAUUCCGGUCGUGAAAGGCUUCAACACGACGCUCGUGAGCUCGUUCUGCGCCGGCACGCCCGCCAACACCAUCAGCAGCUACCUCAACGGCGCUUACGCGACGCUCCAGGCCAACAUGGCGUCCAUCGCCGCCAUGAACGCGGCCAUGAACGCCGUGUCGUGGGCGACGCUCAGCAGCAUCCAGCAAGUGUGCUUGGCGACGAUCCAUGGCGCCAGCUCGCUGGCUUGCUACUCGGACCUCGACUGCGGCGCGGCCGUCUGCUCCCCGUCCACUUGCCUCAAGAACCCGGCGACGGGCGCUGGCACGUGCAGCGUGCCGUACGACGCCAUGAACCGCUGCAUGGCCGAGUGCUUUGGCGCCAACAUGGACCCGGACGUGGUCCGGUUCGCGAAAGCGCAGUGGGGUCUCUCGCCGCUGAGCUCGGCGUCGGCGCUCGCAACGGCCUUUAGCACCUACGCGUCCGUGCCCCAGUGCGUCGGUCCGUUCGCGACGCUGCCGGGGAUUGGCACGACCCGACAAGUGUACGCAUGCAACGCCACGUGCCAGAGGAGCCACUUGUGCGACGACGGCGAGUACAUGAGCCUCCUCAUGUCGCAAGCGGGCGCUACCCUCGACUUUACCGUCAACGCCACUUGCAUCGCGAACGGCGGCCGGCUCGAGUGUGCCUCGUACGGCGCCAACGCGACCACCUGUGCCCGGUAUGCGUGCACGUUUGACGCGAUCGUCAGCGCGUGCAAGGACCAGACGGCGUGCAUGAGGACGUGCAUGCUGCCGAUGACCGCCGGCGGCUGCGCGCUCGCCAAUGGUACGUGGUAUAUGGACCAGUACAACCGCUACCAGUGCUGCCCACCGGACGCGUACUAUAACGGGACCAACACGGCCUUUCCGUGCUCGUACGCCCCGCCCACGGCGCCGGCGCUCGCCUACACGAUCACCGACCCGACCUGCUGUGCGGCGCAGAACGGGACGUGGUACGUGAGCGGCGGCUACGGCGCGUGCUGCUUUGGCAAGCUCACGACGAUUCAAAACGGCAAUGCGAUGCAGCUCGCGUGCGUGACGACGGUCAGUAGCUGGGACGUGGCCUCGUGUUUGAGCAGUUGCAGUCAGCACCGCGCGGCAUGCACGUCGUGCAAGGCAGCGCAAGCGUCGGCCGGCUGCUGCAACACGACGACGGUGGUCGCAAACGAGACGGCGUGCCUCGCACCGACCAUCUGCACCAACCAGCUCGUGGCGGCGGCCGACUGCGCCGACCCGACGCCGUUCUGCGCCAAGUGCGCGGGCAACGUGUGCUCGAGCGUGACGCAGUGGCCCACUUGCACCCUUGGCGUCCGCUCGUCCAGCGCGUGCGCAUCGGUCGGCGGCAGCUGGGAGGCCUCGACCAAGGUCUGCAAUGCGUUUCUCAACCGCACCAUGGUUGGCACUGACUGCCUUCGGUCCGACUUUUGUCCCAACGCGACCGCCGUCGACACGUUCUACGCGCCGUUCGGUGAGGUGCCCAAGUUCCCACGCCGCGCGGUCACGUGCCAACGCGGGUGUUACCUGCCAUCGUUGACGUCCCAUGCGACGUGCACCGCAACCGCCAACUACAAGUGGCUGCCCGACCACGGCAACGGCAACGGCAUCUGCAUGACGCUCACGACCGCAGCCGACUGCGACACACUUGGCGGCACGUUUCUGAACGCGUCAAGAACGUUCUUUCCCGGUGCGUUCACGACGACCGCCAUGUGCGCUGAAGGCAACUGCGUCGGGAGCCCACGCGUCGACGGCUGGAGCGCGGCGCAGUGCACGUUGUCGUCGUCGUGGGCGUCGUGCACGAUGGCGUGUUCGACGUGCGCCGUCCCGACGUCGAGUCCGUUGGCCGCCCAAGGCAGCGCCGCCUGCUUUAGCACCGACGCCAGCUACUGCGCGAGCCUCGGCUACAGCGCCGCACCGUGUAUCGACAUGAGCGCCAACACGACGACGGCGUGCGCGGCGCUGACGAGCGCGACGUGGCGCACGUGUAGCAGCUACGCUGCUGCGAGCACGUGUGCCAACGCCACCGACGUCUAUGCCACCAUGCUCGGGUGCCGGUGGACGUCGGGGCCGUGCACCGACGCCGUCUCGUGCGCAGCGCAAGGCUCGUGCAACGACGGACCCGACAGUCGGCGCAAGGUGUGCUUGGACGCUGGCUGGACAUAUGGAGACACGUGCAAGGCCAAGAUCACGACCGGUCUGAACCAGGUCACGGUCGCGACGUGCAGCCAGUGCCAGACGACGACCGGUGUCUGCGUUGCGCCUGCGUCCGGAUCGGGCUGUGCGACGCCGGAACAGGUGCACCCGCGCGGGUGUCGUGUCUACGGUGUCGCGACGGCGACCGCGUGUGCGACGGCGGGCGGCAACUGGGUGACACCGGCGACGACGCAGUCGGCGUGUGUGAGCACCCUCGGGUGUCUCGAGCCUGGUGCGACUUCACUGAGCAUGAAGAACUCCACGCAGUGUACGAAAUGCGGCGGCAGUCUCAAGCCGUGGUAUGCGUGGACGUCCGGUGUCUGGGCGCCGGCGUACGUCGAGCAGUACACGUGGCAGGCCAACGGUACGACGCUCGUCUCGGCCAACACGUACAAGCCGACACUGUCGCUGCAGCUGCUCGGCCAAGUGCUCCAAGGACCGAUCGCAAAGCGGGUCGCGCGGCUUCAAAAGACCAAGGCCCUUCUCCAGUACAAUGGCAUGACGGACGUCCUGAGCAAGCUCGCGUGUGCGUGCGGUCGGUCGGCCAACAGCGGUUGCUUUUCGACGCCGGCCUCGGCCAAUGCGACGCUGACGAGUCAGAGCCAGAUCUUUUGCGGCAACAGCUCGACGUCGAUCCCGACCGGAACGACGUCGGCGCUCGUGACGCUUACAUGUCCGAGCUCGAUCUCGGCCCGGCGUCGCCUCGACGCGUCGUCCGACGGCUCGGCGCAGCUCAGCAUCUCGACCUACUCGAUCGCGAGCUACACGCUGGCGCUGGCGCCGUACUGCGCGUCGCAGGCACUCAACCCGCUCGUGCUGAGAUCGCCGAGUGGUCUCGUCUACGGCCAACUCCUUGGCCCGGGCCAGGGCAUCAACCUGUCGAGCGCCUUUGACAACAUUUCGCUCUGCCUCAGCAUCGACCCGACGGUGCGGCAGUGGCCGGCCUUUGACACGAUCGACGUCGCGCUGCUCAAAGACGACGCGACGAUGCAGCCGCUCAACCUCACGACGUUUGGCGUCAUCGACAGCACCCAAGUGUGCUUUAGCGCGACGCAGAACGGCGUGUACUUUGCCGUGCGGCGCGCGGCGGCCGCGUACGCCAACCCGAGCUGUCCGCUGAGCUGCGGCGCCAACAGCAGUCUCUGCGUCUUCAACGCGACGACGAGCGCCGCCGAGUGCGUGUGUCAGUGCGGCUACAGCGGUGUCUUGUGCACGAGCGGGUGUCCGAAUGGCUGCUCGGGCCAAGGCACGUGCUAUGAGAACGCGUGCUAUUGCAACGCAGGGUUUACCGGCGUCGACUGCAGCAACUACUACUGUCCCGUCGACGCGUCGGGUCGGCCGUGCUCCAACAACGGUCUCUGCGUGCAGGGGGCGUGCGUGUGCAGCUCCAACUAUCAAGGGGCCGUGUGCGACACGCCGCAGUUUGCACUUUUGAACGGGUCGGCGCCGCCGGACUAUGUGAGCAGCUACGUGGCGCCGACAGCAACAGGCAACACGCUACCGCCGAGUUAUUACACGCCGACACCAGCCCCGAGCACAAGUGCGCCGCCGGGAUCAACGUCAGCGACAUCGGGAUCAGCGACAGCGACAUCGGGAUCAACGACAGCGAUACCGGGAUCAACGACUGCGACACCGGAAUCAACGACUGCGACACCGGAAUCAACAACGACGACGCCGCCGACUACGACAACCGAUACGCCGCGGCCAACAGCGACCAAGAGCGCUGGUGCAUUGUGUCCACCGGGGUACUAUCUGCUGGGGCUUGUGCUGGUUUUGGGGCUGGCCAACGCCACGUAG